GAGUUGGACACCUUCUGCCUCAGAGUUGGACACCUUCUCCCCUACUCCAUGUCAGAUUCCAACACAACUGACUUCACCAACCCCUCCACCUUCAUACUGGUGGGCAUUCCUGGCCUGGAGGCAGCCCAUAUCUGGAUCUCUAUCCCAUUCUGUGCCAUGUACGUCAUAGCCAUCUUGGGGAACUCCACCAUCCUGUUCAUCGUGAAGAAGGAGCCAAGCCUCCAUGAACCUAUGUACUAUUUCCUCUGCAUGCUGGCCAUCACCGACCUGGUCUUGUCUACGUCCGUCAUGCCCAAAACGCUGAGCAUCUUCUGGUUCAAUUCCAGGGAGAUCAAUUUCAGUGCCUGCCUCACCCAGUUGUACUUCCUUCACUGCUUCUCAGUGAUGGAGUCUGGGAUCUUCGUGGCCAUGGCUUUGGAUCGCUACGUGGCCAUCUGCCAUCCCCUGAGACAUUCCACCAUCCUGACAAACCCUGUGGUGGCCAAGAUCGGUCUUGCUGUGGUGCUGCGCGGUGGCAUGCUCGUAAUGCCCCAUCCCUUCCUGGCAAGGCAGUGGCCAUAUUGCAGAAACAACAUCAUCCUGCACUCGUACUGUGAGCACAUGGCCGUGGUGAAGCUGGCCUGCGCUGACAUCCGCAUGAGUAGUUAUUAUAGCCUCUUUGUGAUAUUCUCUGUGAUUGGUCUGGAUGUGUUUUUUAUCACUUUUUCCUAUAUCAAUAUCCUUUGGGCCAUCUUCAGAAUCCCCACAAAGGAUGCGCGGCUCAAGACUUUUGCGACCUGUGGGUCCCACCUCUGUAUCAUCUUAGCCUUUUACAUUCCAGGACUCUUCUCCUUCCUCAUGUACCGAUUUGGUCACAAUGUGGCCCUGCAUUUCCACAUUCUUAUGGCCAACGUGUACCUCCUGCUGCCCCCCAUGCUAAACCCCAUCAUCUAUGGAGUGAGGACCAAACAGAUUCGGGACAGAUUGAUCUGGCUCUUUGCUCAUAAAGGGAUGUAA